AAAAGCGAAGUGGAAAAAGAUUGUCCCCUCCGACUCUCCGUUGACUACCGGUGUUGUUGCUGUCAUGUCGGCUCCCUUCAUGAGAUGCUGCCAGCGCUCGGCUCUCCUCUUCGCUGCCACCAGACGACCAUUGAGCUCCAGCUCGGUUUCAACUCCUCUGCACAGGAGGCUGCUCCUCUUCCUCACCCAGCGUUACUAUGACGUCGAGAUGCUGCUGAGCUGGAAGUCUAACUGGAAGAGGAGGGGGAUUGAGAAGAAGAAUGCUUACUAUGGUUACACUGAGAGGUUACAUGGGCCGGACAUCGCGGCAGCCUUUUACAUCUUGACCAUGAAGGGUUCAUUUAGGUACGUCGGCCAGUCAGAGUGGUUCGGUUCAGACCCCAGUGCCAAAUUCAACUGGGACUUCUUGAAUCACAAAGACACACAACUAGAGGAAGUGAACAUGAGCCACACACUCAUCAGCUUCAGGGGACUGAGGAACCUGGAGGGGCAGCGGUCUUUGCGGACUCUGUCGUUACGAGGAUGUCCUGAGGUGGACGACUGGUUCCUUUCCAGGCUCCAUAUCUUCCAGGACUCUCUGGAGGAACUGGACAUCUCCCAGUGCCUGCGCAUCACUGCAGGGGGCCUGGCUGCACUCAGGAAUCUCAAGGGACUGCGGCGGCUGGAUGUGUCGUCCCUUCCGAGGAUUUCCAAUCCUGGGUUGGUUGUGAUCCUGCUGGAGGAGAUGUUACCGCACUGCCAGAUCACUGCUACUGGCUACAACUACAACCCGAGGCAGGAGCAGGAUGAAACAGCCCCUGCAAGGACGGAGGUAGGGACUGGGCAAGGAUAGGAAUCUGAGAACCCGACGUUGGAUAAGCAGAAGAAAAUGAAUGGGUGGAUGGAGGAAUCCAGUGAAUCAAGGGACUCAUUUAGGAAAGAAAGAUUCCUGUGAGAACGCCUGGCUGUCACUACUCUGACAGAAGAGGCAUCGAUAGAGCGAAGACACUUCCAGGGAAAAUGGUGGACAUGAUACCUGCUGUGAGCCGUAAACUCUUAACAAAAAUGUAUGGCCUUACCUUUUCUUCAAAGGUACAUGUUUAACCUUCUGCUUGUUUUUCCCCCAAAAUGCCAAAUUACACAAGAAAAAGUCCUGUCUGUCCCGAAAGAAUCAAGACGGUGUGGUGAUUUAUGUAUUAAAAUGUAAAUAUGAGUCUGACUGAAUAAAGAUGUGUUCUUAAAUACCA